UGUCAGUUGACAGUUCAGUUUGACAUUUCAUAAACAAAUUAUUUUAGCGCGAAAAACGGAACAGCUGAAGUGAAUUUCGUUUGUUAUUUGCACAUAAAUUAUUAUUUACAAAAGUAAUAUCUUUAUUUAUUACAAUAAACUUAAGAAAUUGUAUCAAUAAUGGAUGAAGAAUUAAGAAUCCAAUUCGAUGAGCUUGGCGUAGAACCUACAGCAGCAGUCAUUGCAAAAGGUCUAGAUUUAUGUGUGUCGUAUCAUAUUGACGCUGCAGAACUUGUUGAACAAUGGAUGGCAUAUAGUAUUUCCAAUUUGAAAGGUGCUGAGCCUACGGUUGAUUAUUUUAAUGAUUUCGAACGUAAAGUAUUUCAAGCAAGGCGCGAUAAAGAAUUAGCUGCUUCAAAUAAGAAAAAGUUAAAAUAUUCGUCAGGAUUAUCAAAUCUAAAUCAAUUGACUAAUGCUACAGCACCUUCGAUUCCGCUUGGCGUUUAUGGCGUCGAAGAGACUGACAUUAUGGGCGACUACAUGAGUGAAAUUGGUGUUGGCGGUAAUAAAAAUACCGAAAGUGAUAUUUAUCAUACUCCAAAGGCUAAAGGUGCUAUACCCAGAACACCUGCUCAUCGUAAAGAAGCCCUCUUUAGUCCAGCUAGUUUUUCACCCAUCAGCAGCGGCACACCACGCACACAUAUUGCCGCUCCAGGCUCUGGCAAAAUCGUUUACACCUUUGGAAAUCCUACGUUGAUCAACAACGCAAAAUGGUCAUCGUUGGAGCAAACCAAGAUUGCCAUUAAACAGUUGUUGCUGUAUAAUGGCGAACCACUAAGCGCUGUCAAUGUGAAAUACAUGUUCGAUAAUCAACGUGAAAAGUGUGAGAUUGCGGGGGAUCGUGUCUUCAAUAUUGGCAAGAACUUAUGUCGUAAAGUAUUCGGACCAGAUGCAGAUGAUUAUGAAUUAAGUCCAGUGGAUGUUCACUCACAGAACACUGUUAAAACCAUUGGCACUAUAUAUUGCGAUCAUGAUGGUCCAUUGGAUGCUUCAUCGACUAUGCUUGUUGGUUCUGAUGAAAUGUGUACUCGCACGGUACGACUAAACUUUAGCAAAAUCAAAUCCGUUGGUGUUUUUCCAGGACAAGUUGUUAUGGUAUCAGGUAUGAACCCAAAAGGAGAUACACUUACAGUAGAAAAUAUUAUAGCUGAAAAACAACUGACACAACCAACACCCCCUAAAAUCGAUAGCCAACUGAGUGUUGUUAUAGCUGCUGGUCCAUACACAUUCGAUGACGAUAUACUCUAUGAUCCGUUACAUGAUCUACUAAACUAUUUAAAAGAAAAUCUACCGGAUGUGUUAGUACUUACUGGACCAUUUUUUGAUGUCGAUCAUCAAAUAAUACUUGAGAACAUGGGCGAAACAUUUGAAGUAUUUUUUGAAAGAAUGAUAGCCGGCAUUGUGGAAAUUAUUGGUACAUCAACUACUGUUCUAAUGGUCAGUUCCCAAUAUGAUGCUAUGGCUGAUCCUGUAUAUCCAACUCUACCGGUUUCAUUGAAAAAAACAUAUCCAAAUGUACACAUGUUACCAGAUCCUUCAAUGAUAGACUUAAAUGGCAUUAUUAUAGGCAUGACAUCAACAGAUGUUGUUGAUCAUAUUAUCAGCACGGAGCUAGCAAUCAAUGCUGGGGAUAAAAUUAAGCGUGUUGUAAAUCAUCUAUACAAUCAAGGCUCAUUUUAUCCGUUGAACCCUCCACCUGAAGAUAAACUCUGUCUUGACAGUAACCUAACAAGCAAAUUUGCUAAUAUUGAGCAAAUACCCAAUAUUAUUAUACUGCCUAGUGAUCAGAAAUGUUUUAUACGGGUAAUGUUAAAACCAUUCAUUUGA